CAGGAUGUCUGUUGGUCCUCUUAGACAACAUGAAGCUAUUAUUUUUCAUAACUGUGUUAAUCGCAUCAUGUCAUCACGUAUAUUGUGUUAUGACAGAAGCACAAAUGCAAUCUGCUGCGAAAAUGCUACGGAACGUAUGCCAACCAAAAGCCAAAAUUUCUGCAGAGCAACUGAGUAAUUUACAAGUCGGCCAAAUUUCCGACGAACCAGAAGUUUUGAGCUAUAUUGAGUGUGUUUUGAGAACUUCACGGAUUAUGAAAGAUGGCCAGUUCAAUGUGCAGUCCGCCAAAACUCAAAUCGCAAAUUUACCUUCUCACAUAUCAGAACCGGGCAUGAUCACUAUAGAAAAUUGUAAAGAUGCGGCAAAAAGCAGUGAUAAAUAUAUAGCCGCAGCCGAGUUGUACAAAUGCUUCUAUGAUGACAACCCUGAGAACUUCGCAUUCCCAUAAACAUCACUCUAGAAAUAAGUAGGUAGGUACGUUUCGAUGUCAAUAUCAUGCAAUGAUAUAAAUAAAUUGGUAUGUAUCACCAUAUUAUUGUACACAAUAUUAAAUAUAUGAUUCAGGCUAA